AAUGCCUAGUGAUAUACAUUCAGAUAGCACAGGAGUUGAUGAGAGCUUAUCUGAAGAGAUCAAUGGCUUAAAUGUGGUUGAUUUUCCCAUGAAUUAUAGUAACAUGCCUUCUUCCGCACAUCGAAUAUUACAACCAGAAUUAUCAAGUUCUUCAUCGCAAGGGCAAACGGAGAAUAGAGUAAGAUCCAAUCCAGAGGCUGAAACUAAUGCAGGUAAUGAACAGGAAAAUGAAGAAGAACGAGUUUUCCAGGAACUUUGUAUGGCAUGUAGGGCUGGAGAUCAUGAUACAGUUGAUUCCUUACUUGCAGUGCCCAACGUUGACAUCAAUCGGGUUGAUGAAUGGGACUAUUCACCAUUAAUCCUAGCAUCUCUUUGUGGUCAUAUUAAAAUUGUAGAGCUACUUUUAUCUAGAGGUGCAGUAUGUGAUCGAGAUACUUUCCAAGGAGCCAGAUGUAUAUAUGGGGCAUUGAACGAUACUAUCCGAGAUGUUUUGAUAAGUUUUGAUAUUUCGAAGAAAGUGGAUAUGUCUCAACCAUUUGCCAGUCAUAUUUCUUCAUUAUUGAGUCCGUUAUUUCAAUUAUCUGGUAGUGAUAUUGUAUUUCUUUUCCCCCAUGUCCAAGGAACAUUAGCGAGAGAUUUGAGAGUGUUUCGAUUGAAUAGAUUUAUACUAGCAGCAAGAAGUGAGUAUUUCUAUGCAAAAUUAAAAGUUGGAGGUACUUGGAGCCAAAAAGUAGUGAUUGAGAUGCCUCCUAGUACUAGUCCUGAAGUUUUCAAAGCCGUCAUUGAUUACAUUUACUUGAGAACUGACGAUUUACCUAUUGAUCAAUCGAAAAUUCAACACCAAUUGAUUCAAUUUUCCAAAAAAUUAGGAUUGAACGACUUGAAAGAGAGUGUUGAAACUGCUGCCAAAGAAACUGAUAAAAGGGAAAUAUCCAAAAUCAAACAUAAUGCAUCUUUCCAGUUUGUUGAAAAUGCCAGAAAAGACAUGCAUAAGUUUUGUGAACAAAACAUCAUUGAAAAUAAAAUCUCGACAAGUGUUGGUUCUGAUGCAUUUGAAGAAGAUAUAGACUUAGAAGAUAUAGACGUUGGACUGUAUUUGCAAAAUGAAUCCAAAGAGAAAAUUUGCCACUCCAAUUCAUUUAGUGAUAUAAUUCUUGCUACAGUUGAUGCUGAAUCCGAUACAAUUGUGUACUAUCCAGUGCAGAAGUCUAUUUUAGCAAGAUCUGAAUAUUUUGAUACAAUGUUCAAGUCAGAUAUCUUCCUUUCGUCGCAAGAAGAAGUGCCAAUCUUCAAAGACCCUGAACAAACGUUGAAUAAAGUUAUUAUCAAGUAUCCAUCGUUAAAGCCUGAACAUAUCCCCGUGAUUCAAAUCUGCACCAGUACUGCUAAUUUUGAAGUCACUGAAAUAAUUUUAUCCUUUCUUUAUUACGAUGAUAUCUCCCAUAUCCCAUUAAACUUAACCAUUGAGCUUUUAUUUGCAGCCGAUGAGUUAUUCUUAGAAAGACUUAAAACCAUGUGUGCGGUGAACAUCACUUCCAAAUUCGCUCAAUUAUCUUUUGCAGAGCAUCAAUCAUUGAAGGAUCACGUUGGAUACAAUGCUUAUGACCUUAUAAGGGUAGCGUGGCAAACUAGAUGCGAGAGAUUGGAGCAACAUAUAACCAAACUAAUGGCAUAUAAUCUCUCCCUGAUAUUCCACGAUCCAAAAGAGCAUGAAUAUCUUUUAAGAUUGAUCGAAGAAUCCGCUGAGAGAAUCAAGGAAAGACAAGAUACCGAUACCAUUGAAUUGGUUGAUGAUAUAAGAUACUACAUAUCUAAGAAAUACACCGUGAAUGAUGAAUUUGAAGAUUUCGAACCAAUGAGUGCUCACUUCAGGGAAAACGAUCCCAACUAUGUCGAACCAGACGAUAUCAGAGCCUACAAAAACAGUCUAAUAUUAUACGAAAGAGAUAUCGAGAUAAUUGAUAGCCUAUUGAAUGAGCUAGAAUUAGAUGCAUAGAUAC